AUGGACCAGUACGACCUCAGCCCACCGCCUACCCCAGGGCCUAGCUCGUUCGCUCCACGACCCAUGCACGCUAACAAGAUCUCCAGGGCGCCGGCCCGCUCGCUCUCCCUUCGCAUUCCCGAGGACGGCCAAGCGUUUGGCGGUCUCAGCCAACCCUCGCAAUCCUCUGCACCUUCACUCGCCCUGCCGCUCGAUUCCAGUUAUGCCGGUCCCAGCACGCUUUCGCAGCCAUCGCAGUCCAAACUGACACGCAAGCGUCCCUCGAAGCUCACCUUGGCACCGCCAUCGGCCGGCGACGACUCUGGCCAGUCUUCACGGUCCAUGCCGAAUUCGCCCGUCGCCCUCUUGCGGUCUGAAUCCACAGCAGAGCCAGUCGACGACAUGGCACCGCCAGCAUCUGCCAUUUCGGAGGCGGUCAAGCAUCUGUCAAGCACGCUUCGAGGCACGCCGCGCAGACGGCCGAGCAUGCCUUUCAAGAGCACAGCACCAGCUCAGAGGUCGGCCUAUCCUGAGCCAACGAGCGCUGCAAGUUCGCGCAGCAGACCACCAGAAGCUUUUCGAGAUCCGUCCGAGCACAUUCUCAGCGGCAAAGGAAGCACUUUGCAGCACGCACGCAGCGUCUACUCGCAAGGCCCCGUCGAGAUCUUGCCUGGUCUGUUCCUCGGUGAUGAGCACAACGCGCGUGACACACGCAUGCUUUCUUCUCUUGGCAUCACCACCAUACUCAAUGUCGCCAAGGAGACGGUUCUCGAUUUUCAAUCGGACCACGCGCCGACGCCAGUCUACGCAAGCACGCCACACACGCCUUGGUCAAGCGCUGCUAGAGCCAUCGGUCGUUCCGAUGCUGACUCAGGUUCGGUCGGCAGCGCCCGAGCUCCGUACGGUGCUCGGCACGCCUCGGCCACGAUCAGUGCAGUGCCGCAGACACCCAGCACGUAUUUCACACCACCAACCACCGCGUCGGUCUCGACGUUCGCAGGUCACGGCGCCGCCUCCUCGCCGCGCGACGCAAUCAGUGCUUCGGUGCUGCGCAACACGUCUUCUACACCCAAUUUGCUUGCGCAGUUCAUCGACGCUGAGGCCGCCACCACCUCAGAACCAGCCUCUCUGCACGACACUCAGGCAGAGUCCUCUUCGACUGCACAGGUCAACACGCUCACAGCAGAGGAUGUGCUGCAGUAUCGCUCGCUGCGACGUACCAGCGAUUCGUCGUCGGAUGAUGCUUUCGGCACCGCCUCAUCGCCGUCAUCCUCUCAUGCCCCAAGCACCUGCACCUCGGCCACCACCGAGCUCACACCGCCCGCGCUCAUGACCCUCAAGUCUGGCGAGUACGCGGAUCCUCGUGUCAAUGCUUCGUUGAGCGGAUCUGCCAGCCAACAGCCCUCACCUAACUACAGCUUUGAUGACGAUUCACGAGACUCGUCGCAGAGUUGGAUCACCCACGUCGAGCUGCCAUCGAAUGCGACCGCAACCACAAUACCCGCCAAUGCACAACACGGUCGAUCGCGCGAGAUGCGCUACAUCAAGUUGCCAUGGACGCACGACGAGACCGACCUCGCUUCCGGCCACGGUGGCUUUGCCCAUGGCUGCGCAUUGAUUGCAGAGGCGCUCGGCAUCGACAGUCGCUACUGGUACGCCGCCAAGAUUGCUGCCGACGCGGAUGCAUGCUCGGCUCUGCAAGAUGAUGCAAGCUUGGAUCAGGUUCAAACGAAUCCAUCGCCGGGCAAGGUCCUGGUGCAUUGCCAGUGCGGUGUCAGUCGCAGCGCCACUUUGGUCAUCGCCUUUGUCAUGCAGGCCGCCGCCAUGCGAUACGGUUUUGAAGCGGCCCGUACCCUGCUCGGUAUGCACGACUGCUACAACAUGGUCAAGGAAAAGUCGUCGAGCAUUUCUCCCAACAUUUCACUUAUCUAUCAGCUGGUUGAGUGGGAGCGCUACCUGUCGAAUGCUGCUGGUCGACUGCGAGACAUGCUAGGCCUGAGUCAUGGCAAUGUCGCUGGAGCAUCAGGCACUGACCCGGCCAGCAACGGAUCUUCAAGUCUGGCAGCGGCAGGGUGGUCGACCGAGCCUAUGGACGAAGCCAUGUGGAGCAAGAUGCGCUUGGAGGAGGAAGAGAAGGAAGCGGCAGAAGAGGCUAGGCGACGAGAAGAGCGUCUCAACGAAGCAGUGAGGCUAGCAGCCGAGCGAAAGGCGGCGCAGGAUCAAGCCGAAGGACGCGACUCUGAUAACAACCUCGGCGGCGACGCCGGUGUCGGAUCGCUGAUGCAGCGAAGGAGGAAAAAGGCAGCGCCUGCGCUGCAGUUGCAGCCGCCUGCUGCUCCUACUCCUACGGCAGGUGCACUAAUGCCCAGCCCUGGGCUGAACCGUCGUCGCCCACCAGCGUUGCGACUCGGCUCUGGAAGCAAAGCCGAUGUUGAAGGAUCAAAGCCGCGAGCCGAUGCUGAUGGCGAUGUCAUGAUGAACGAGCUCGAUCCUCCUCAGACGCCUCUGCGUUCCUCGGCAGCAGACUCCGACAUUGUCAGCACGCCUACCGCUCGAACGACGGCAGCAUCGUUUGGGCCUGAUUCGGCCAGCUCGACGCUGCGGACUCCGGUCGCCUGGUCUUCGUCCUCUGCCAUGCCCACUGUUGCGCCGGAGUUCAUGAAGCCCAAACAGCCUUUGUCGUCAUCAUUUGACCUUGCCGCCUCGGCAAUGGCGAGCGGCCAUUUGAGCGCAGGAAGGCCGCCACCGACGACAUUGCUCUCACCAGCAUCGCCAGCCAUGGCCACCUCCCGGUCCGCCGAGAAUCACGCGAACCGAUUCAGCUUCGGUGGUGCUCCGAUGAGCGGCAGCCUCUCCGCGCGCCUCGACACGGCCGAUAAGCGAUCCCGACCGGGCUCGAUGCAAGGCGCCAUGUCCUCGUCGUCCUCCUCAACCGCCCUGUUCGGCGUCACCGCGCUGUCCCGGGAAGAGCGCAAGAAGCAGCAUCGCCGAACCUUCUCCUCCGACUGGCCCGCUUUGCAGGCCAAUCUCGGGUCGCAAAGGAGGGGCAGCAAGGUCGGAAGCUCGCUUGCUUCGCCGGCUAUAGCCGGAACGGAGACAGCUGCACAUGAACACGGCUAUGCCGAUAUGGACGUCUAG